AUGUCUGCGACAGACUCAACGACCCAGAUAGUUGCGACAGCGCUAGUCAGCGAAAUUGCGUCCGCACAAGUCGAGCUCCUCAGACCGGCGACUUCGCAACCGCCCUCGGCCCGCUUCCAUCCAAGCGUCGGCCUGCCUGAACAAAGCGUCUCGUAUCGACCAUGUCCGCCUUGGCCGUCAGGUAGCAAAACAGACUCAGCAGUCACAGUAACGACGCCGCUGCUCACCGUCACGAUCCCUCCUGCCUCUGUUCCUCUCAUCUUUGCCCACCGACAAUGGCGAGCGGGCCUCAUCCUCGCGGACUUGAUUGCGGCCGCGUCUCACUCCUCGCCUUUCAAUGUGCAAGGACGCAGCGUGCUUGAGCUGGGUUGCGGGACGGCUAUACCAGGCAUGGUGGCAGCGAAAGUCGGUCAGUCGAGUAGGUCCCUUGUGACGGACUACGCUUCUCCUCCUCUUAUCGGGACCCUCACGUCGAACGUUCGCUCCAAUUUCACACCAGAGCACAUCAAGGCGCUGAUCCGACCCGCGGGCUUCACUUGGGGUUCAAGUACCGAGGACCUCGAGGACAUCGUCGACGCACUAGCACGAGAACAACGCCGAGCGGGCGAAACCCCGCAAACAUCGUACCGCUGGGAUUGCAUUCUCCUCGCCGACUGUCUCUGGGAUCCACUCAGUCAUGCCGACCUACUUGCGAGCAUCACCAAGCUCCUCGAAAAACCGGACGGCCGCGUCCUUGUCGUUUCUGGCCUGCACACAGGGCGCGAGAAGCUGGUCAACUUCAUCCGGCGAGCGAGGAGGAGCGGCCUCGCUCUCGUCAACGUAGGCGCUGGGUUCCCUUCACUCGACGCAGAGCAGCAAGUUGUUGCUCAAGCAGAGCAAGCCAGCAUGACCCUCGACGACGCGCUCUACUAUGCCCCGCAAUUCGUCUACGAGCUGGAGCUCGCGUCGGACGACGACGACGAACAAGACCCGACGGCAGCAUGCAUCGAUACUGGCUCACAACCUCGUCUGACUGGCCGACGUCGCACGUUCGUCAUUGAAGAGCGCGAGGAAGAGAGCAAGGAGCUCGGCGGCGUUCACGUACGCAACAGAUGGAUCACGGUGUGGGGACUUGGAUGGGCUGGCAACUAA